UGGUGGACGGUUUUGUUGCUUGGAGGAAGUCGUCUCCUUCAGUUGACUUGAAACCGUCGGAGGAACAACAGAGAGAGAGAUGAAGCUCAGUUCUCUGCUGCUGUCGAUCGCCCUCAGCUGCUGCUCUGCUGAAGAUCCUCCGGAUCCUCCAUCAAUCCGUCUGAACUCUGACUUCCUGCCAAACCAGAAGGAGGUGGUUCUGACCGCCGGCUCCGCCUUCAACCUCAGCUGUCAUGGCAACCGUUCGGUCGGUUUGACCACCACUGCGUUCCGCCUGCUGUACCGGGACCAACUGCUGGACCCGGUGGAGGUAAAGAGGUCAGACCCCAGACACACUGGGACCUACCGCUGUGGGUACAUCGACCAGAGCCUGGAACACCUGGACACCUGGAUACACCUGUACGUCAAAGACCCAGCUGACCCCUCCAGUGUGUUUGUCACACCUCGCCGCGUCCCUUCAGUCGAGGAGGGCCAGGACUUCCUGUUCAGGUGUCUGCUCACCGACCCGUCCGUCACCGACCUCACCCUCCAAUCAGCAGACAGCACGGGGGACAAGGGGCGGGGCCUGCCUCAGGGUAUGAACGUGACCUUUGACCCCAAGAGAGGAGCCCUGAUCCGAGACCUGCAGAGGUCGUUCAAAGGACGCUAUGUUUGUUCAGGAUGGAAGGACAGAAGGCAGUUCAUAUCCAGACCUGUCGACCUGCUGGUGGCCCCCAAGCUACGUCAUCCUCCCUCCCUCUCUAUCAGUCGGGAUGAAUCGGUCCGUCUGGAAGGAGAGAACUUCGAGGUCACCUGUCUGACCAGUAACCCCUCCCACUUCUACAACCUCACCUGGACACACCCCAACACAAAGACACUGAACGUCACCUUCAGCCGUCACUAUGGCAACGGCCACCUGUACAUCAACAGCACUCUGACAUUCUCCGCCGUCAGUCGGACUCACAGCGGCACCUACACCUGUACUGCUGUCAACGAAGCCGGAGUCGCCACGGCAACCACUCAGCUCAGAGUGCUGGAUGGCCCCUACCUGAGAAUCUACCUGCAGCCGAUGCAGCAAGCUAACACUGACACUAACACCAUAGAGGUCAAUGAGGCCCUGGGUGCUAAUGUUAGCAGCAUGCUAAUGGAGGUGCAAGGAGAGCUAGAAGCUAACAUUAGCAGCAGUUCACUGGAAUUCAAUGGGAUAUUAGUCGCUAAUGUUAGCACCAAUCACAUGCAUGUGAACAGGAACCACAGUGCUAACGUUAGCGGCAGUAGCACAGUGGAGGUGUAUGAAGAUCGAGAUGUGAUGUUGACCUUUGUGAUCUUAGCAUAUCCUCCAAUCAGGAGCCAGCGCUGGACGACAACAACACAUGUCAACAAGGACAACAACAAUACGGUGCACCAUGAGAGCUAUGCCACACACAGCUACAGGUCCGAGGCCAGCUUGCUACUGAGGCGGGUCCAUCAGGAGGAUCGAGGUCGAUACUCGUUCCACUUUGAGAACUCGUUCUUCGACGGCUCGCAGAACAUCGCCCUCCGGAUUUACCGUUCUCCAAGCGCUGUCAUCAGUCAGGAGAACAACACUCUGACCUGCUGCAGCUCUGGAUAUCCAUUACCCACAAUCCUCUGGUACAUCUGCCCCGGGGUCCAGGACACGUGUGGAGACGUCGCCGACUAUCGGCUUCCUCCAGCUGACGUGACCUCACAGGACGAGGACGUGAGGAACCACCUGACCCUGCCUCUGUCGCCUGGUGAUGAUGUCACUGUGGAGUGUGUUGCCUACAACCAGAUGGGAGAGUCUCGUGAAGUCUUCAAUCACCGAAAAGAUCUUUCUUUCUUCACUCCGGCUCUGAUUGGAGCACUGAGUUCAGCUCUGCUCCUCCUCCUGCUCUUAUUGGUCGUCUUUUACAAGUGGAGACAGAAACCCAAAUAUGAGAUUCGAUGGAAGAUCAUCGAGAGCACCGAUGGAAAUAACUACACCUUUAUUGACCCCACCCAGCUGCUGUACAACCAAAAGUGGGAGUUUCCUCGAGACAAACUCCGCCUCGGUGCUGUUGUUGGUUCGGGAGCGUUCGGGAAGGUCGUCGAGGCAACAGCGUACGGUCUUGGAACCGGCAACGCCACUCGAGUCGCCGUCAAGAUGCUCAAACCGAGCGCUCACUCAGAGGAACGUGAAGCUCUGAUGUCGGAGCUGAAGAUCCUCGGCCAUCUUGGUUACCAUGACAACAUUGUCAACCUGUUGGGAGCCUGCACUCGAGGAGGUCCUAUGUUGAUGAUCACAGAGUACUGUAGCCAUGGCGACCUGCUCAACUUCCUGCGGGCUCACGCUCAAGACUUCAUGGCGUCUGUUCUCAGUGUGGAUGAAGUGGAGGGCGAGGCCGUCUAUAAGAACAUGGCCACCCAGAACCCCCGACUCAGGAGUGACAGUGGGAUUUCCUGCUGUUCAGAGUAUCAGGAGAUGCACCCGGUUCAGAGUCCAGGACAAACACACCUGGGUGUACAGACGAACAGUGUUUCUGUCGGCGACCUCAUCAGGUUUUCCUACCAGGUGGCUCAGGGUCUGGACUUCCUGUCCACCAGGAAUUGUAUCCACAGAGACGUAGCAGCCAGAAACGUCCUGCUGACGGACCGCCGUGUUGCAAAGAUCUGUGACUUCGGUUUGGCGCGAGACAUCCGCAACGACGACAGCUACAUCGUUCAGGGAAAUGCCCGUCUCCCAGUUAAGUGGAUGGCUCCAGAAAGCAUCUUUCAGUGUGUUUACACCGUCCAGAGCGACGUCUGGUCCUACGGAGUCCUUCUGUGGGAGACCUUCUCCCUAGGUAGGAGUCCGUACCCAAACAUUGCCGUGGAUACCAACUUCUACAAGAUGAUCCAAGAUGGCCGCCACAUGGACAAGCCAGACUUCGCCCCAGCAGAGAUGUAUCAGCUGAUGACGCUCUGCUGGAGUUUGGAGCCCACAGACAGACCAACCUUUAAAACGAUUGGUCAGCUAAUUAACAGGCUCCUCCCCUCCACCAAUGACACAUCGCCACAACACAGGGACCAGUCGACAUACAAGAACAUCAACGAGUGCAGAGAAGAAGAAGAAGAAGAGGAGGAGGAGGAGGGGGUCCGAGGAGGAGACGCACUGAAGAGAGGAGAGGAUUGUGGACGGGGAGAGCGCCAUGACAACGACAAUGAUGAUGAUGACGAUGAGGAGAAGGAGCCGAUGAUGAAGAACAUCUACCAGCUGUCCUGAUCAUCAGUGUGUUUCAGUGUCCGCUGUUGGUUCAAAAUGAAACUUUAUUCAGAGACAACGUGAAUCUAAAUGUUCUAUACACACUAAAGUGAGAAUCCGCCUUCUCCUCCGGUUCUGGACCCGUUUGAUCCGGUCUGAACUCUAAAACAUGUGGAACCAUUUCAUUCUGAGGAUAUUAAUGUUUUUUUCUAUUUCAGCAACAUUUGAUAAGUUUCUUAUUGUUUGUUUUUUUCAAUGUUUAACAUUUUUACUAACAGACUUUCUCCUCUGUCAUUGAUCAAAACUGUAAUUGUCUUAUUUUGUAUUUUUAUGUGAUGUCUUUAAAUACAUUCAGACUGAGAUGUUUUUUAUUAUAACACCUGGACGUACCUGCAGGAUUCAUGACAUCACAACAAAUAUUUACAUAUGAAUAGAUUCUUUAUUUUAAAGAGGGAGGAGGACAAACUCUUAAGUUUUUUAUUUAAUAAUCAGUAUCUAAACAUGUAAUGUGUGAUUUAUACCACAUCCUGAUGUACUUUUAAGUGAUUAUUAAUGUGUUAUAACAACGUCAACUCAUCCAGGUUACCUGCUGUAUAAACAAAUAUUACAUGAUAGUAUGGUAAUAAAUCAGUAAUAAUGUGAAACAUGUCUUUAUAGGAGAAGUUAUAACAAAUACUGUUCAUUAAUAAUAUUCUAAAUGUCCUCAUAUCUGCUUGUUACAGUAUUAAAAUCUGUUAUAAAGCAUUUAUUACAUGUUUAUAAACUAAUAAGAUAUGAUCAAUAUCCAAAAACCAAAGAAAGUAUAUUUUAAUAUGGUCAUUUUAGCAUUUGUAGUCUCCAGUUAUUGAAUAUAAUGAAGGACGUGUCACCUGUCAGGUGAGUGCAGGUGGGCGGAGCCACAUUAGAGGAGAUUACCUGACAGGUUUACUGCUGCUGGACUUCACACUCCGAUAAACAAGAAACCCAGCAGGAAGUAGUUCAUGAAGCUCAAUGAAAACUGAUCAGUUCACAUUCAGAGUCGGAGGAUAAACCGUCAGUUUGUGAAGUU